AUGUCACUAAUACGAAAAAGACAACUCAUAAUUAAUGAUCAUAACAAUGACCAAGACUCACCUCAAAUCAAACGACAAGCAACAACAAUAGCUCCCAACUUGAUAGCUAAGCUUUACAGCACCCGCGGAGCUCCCACCAUCAACAUUGUAAGCCAACCAUUAUUAUCCCUAGGUCGAAGUAAAGCUUGUGAUGUGCAAUUACAUGGUGUUGAUGUAUCUUCUAAACAUUGCCAAUUAGAUCGUAUUACUUCCGAAAGUCAAGAACAGGCAAGAGAGUACUUACAACUAACUGACCUAAGUUCAAAUGGAGUUUAUGUAAAUGGAGAAAAAAUGGAUCGAAAAGCAAGUGUGAUUUUGAAAACAGGGGAUAAAUUACAAUUUGCUAAAACUGGAGGCACUUAUAUUUUCCGAUAUACUUUUGAUAUUACUGAUGAAAAAUCAUUGUCGGCAGUAGAUUCUGUUGAUGCACGAAUUGUUGGAAAAUCAUUCAAAAAUUCAUUCUUUGAUGAUUAUAUUCUUGGUAAACAGUUGGGUACGGGACAUUAUGCCAUUGUUCGUGAGGCCAAAAAUAAACAAACAGGACAAAUAGUUGCGGUGAAAAUCUUCCACCCCAACAAGACAAAUUCCACAGCACAAGAUGCCAAACUACAACAAGAAAUGAAUUUACUUCUUUCGAUAAAUCAUCCUAAUAUUGUGCUGUUUGUUGGACAUUAUAUUGAACCAAAUAGCAAGAAUUCUGUCAAUACGUAUUUAGUGUUGGAGAAGGUCAGCAAUGGUGAAUUGUUUCAAAGGAUAGUCAAUAAAGGAAGACUACGAAGUGAUGAGACUAGAGCUAUUUUCAAACAGUUACUAAGUGGAUUGAGAUAUUUGCAUGAGAAUAAUAUAAUUCAUCGCGAUAUAAAACCAGAGAAUAUCUUGUUGGAUAUAACACGAAGAGGAGGUCCUAAUGCACAAACUAUUGGUGGUAUCCAAACUCAACUACAAUCUGGACCUUGGGACCCUGAGGAACUCGAUUUACGUGUCAAGAUUGCUGACUUUGGGUUAGCCAAGUUUAUUGGUGAGUUGAAAUUCACAAACACGUUAUGUGGUACACCAGCAUAUGUUGCACCGGAGAUAUUGAAGUAUGAUCGAAACUAUUCGACAAAAGUUGAUCUUUGGUCAAGUGGGGUGUUAUUGUAUGUGUGUUUGAGUGGGUUCCCUCCUUUCAGUGAUGAAUUAGCUCCGCCAAAUAUGAAGGAACAGAUAUUGACGGGAAAAUAUGCAUUUUAUUCACCAUAUUUCGAUGAAAUUGACGAUGUUGUUUUAGACUUGAUUACGAAUUUGUUGAAGGUUGAUCCCGAGGAAAGAUUUGAUGUUGAACAAGCAUUGAAUCAUGACUGGUUUCAAGAUUGA